GACCUUUAAACAGACCGGUCGCUAAGAUCUUGGUAGUUACAAGUACGUGGCUAACAAGUAUAGCGCACUGUUUUCCUCCAAAUUAGUUUCCUGGAUUCAUACAUAUCAUGGCUCAAGAAUUCGUGAAAGCUCAAAUCAAAGGGGGCAAGGUGGUGGUGUUCUCGAAACCGUCCUGCCCUUACUGUGUUAUGGCCAAAGAUGUUUUGUCAAAAUAUAAAUUUAAAACUGGGCACUUAGACAUCAUUGACAUUAGCGGAAGGAGCGACAUGAGCGACAUUCAAGAUUACUUGAAGCAAAUCACCGGUGGUCGCACAGUGCCUCGGGUGUUCAUUGGGGAGAAGUGUGUGGGGGGCGGCAGUGACGUGGCUGAGCUGGAUAAAUGUGGCAAACUGGAGGGCAUGCUGCAGUCCAUGGGAGCGCUGCAGUGACAAGACAUGCAGCACCAAGGGCAGGCAGAGGCCGCCGCGGCUCGGGCAGGUGCAGGUGCGGACGCAGGGCUCAGGGGUCACAUGAGGUUGCAGCGGGACUUGCGCAGCUGCCGCCGGCGCUGCUGGUACUCGCUCAGCUCCUGCAGGUAGCCCCUCGACGGCCAGCGCAGCCUCUCCACGUGCUCCCGCUCCUCGUCUGCCCGGACCAAAACGACAGACAAACAACAACAACAACAAAGAUGAUGCAACAGGCUCCAAAUCCACCCCCAACCACUCUGAAUCCACCUUCCUCCACCUCCAACCACUCUGAAUCCACCUUCCACCUCCAACCACCCUGAAUCCCCCUUCCUCCACCAACCACUACAGAUCAUUAUUACAUUAGGCCAAGCAGCUUGUGAACCACUACAACCCAAUUAUGCAACUGUAGUCCGUAGUCUGAAGCCCAGUACAGUCAGCCUAUGAAGAACCAGUAACGUAAUGUGUGGUUGGUGCCAUUGUUUGUCACACACCAAUCAGGUCAGAUUCUAGGUACCACUGUUAACCAAUCACUAUGGAUAAAAUUCUAGGUUUGUCAAAGGAUGCAUUUAAAGGCCUUACUAAGCCUGGCCUAGGUGCCAUUUACUACAUUUGUGCACUAAAAUGUUUACUAUAAGAAUACAUUGUUGAAUUGACUUGAAUAUGUGACAGAGAUGUCUACUUUUAUAAAAAGGGAUUGCUUGUGUUUAUGUUUUGGUCUCUGCUUUUAAAUGUGUUUGUGAAAAGAACCGUCCAUUCCCUUCUCUGAUGAGAACCUCUGUGCCUGUGGAAAUAAAGUCUGAAGCCAGUCAAAUCUA